AUGGCGCGGCAGCCCAAUACUGUCGUUGUGCUGCAUCCUGUCAACAGCGACGUCGUCACGUUGGAUAUCUGUUUACAACUCGAUGCCUCUUCGGGGUCCGUCUGGCGGAAGAAUAUGGCUAGAAGCGAAGACGAGGCGGCAGUGAAGACGAUUGAACGGCUUCAGAUUCUACUGGUUCAACAGAAGGGAGAGAAGAAAGGCCGACGAGUGACGAGGGACGAGUUACUCAAAGUUGCUCCACCUAUUGAGGUUUUCGCCUUGGAGGGCGAUGAAGCAGAGGUGGAAGGGCAAGCAAUAACCCCAGCCACAACUCUGCUGAAGCCUUUAGAUGCGUCUGUGUCUAACAACGUAUUCUGGAAGCAGGCUAAGCAGAUGUUAAUUGGUUCGACCGCAGUGAAGGUGAAAUACAACGUCCCCACCAUUACAUCUGUCGUCCCGCCCCCUGCACUUUAUGUGGGAGUGCCGGCCGUUUGCUCUGGCGUGACCACGUUGUUCACGUCAGAGCUUGGCAUUCGAUAUGAAUGGUGUUUGUGUGUCACAGGUGCAGACGAGCACGCCUCUAUACGUGUCAUUUCCACAGAUGCUGUUUUUACUCCCUUGGAGGAGCAUGUAGGGAAGUCUUUGCUGCUGCGUGUAUCUCCUGAGGGGGACUCUGGCCUCUGGACACAAGUUGAGUUGCCCCCUGUCCUUGCUGCCCUGCCGCCUAUGGAUCGGUGGAAACACACGUUGCAGCCGGCAGAGGCACCUGCUUUCAGGGUAGUGACGUACAAUGUCCUCCACGAUGAAUUUUGCAGCACAAACGCGGCGAAAAGACGUAUUUACCCCUUUGCGACUGAUGACAUCUUGUCAUUGGAGUAUCGGCAAUCCCGCAUUGUACAAGAGCUUCUCGCAUACAAAGCCGAUGUGAUUUGUCUUCAGGAAUGUGGGAAGAAGGUGUACCAACAAUUUUUUGAGCGUGUCUUACGUCACAGUGGUUAUGAUGGACGUUACACGAACAAAAGUGGUGGUGUAAAAGAGGGUUGUGCAUGCUUCUGGAGGCGAACCCGUUUUUGUAUGGGUGAGGCACUUGAUUUCCCGUUGAACCUGUCCACUCUGCAGGAGGAUCACCCGGAAUUGGGGGCACGUGUGUCACUGUACCCCGAAUUUCGGGAAGCUCUUGAACAUGUCACCUCCAUUGGGGCGUUGGUUUUAUUGAGGGACCUUCACACCAAGGAAGAGCUACUUGUUGGUAACACGCACCUCUUUUAUCACGCCAACGCAUGCCAUAUACGCUUGUUGCAGACAUACAUGUUGUUACACAAGUUGAAACUUUUUGCUGCGUCACGGCCAUGUGUGGUCCUCUGUGGAGAUUUCAACUUUACUCACACGACGGGCGGUUACAGACUUGUUACCAGGGGUCAGACGGGGGUCGAGCACCCUUCCUGGAAAAAGGGAGAACUUUUCUACUGGGGAUGUGAUCGCAUGCUGGGCGUCAGCACGGAGGAAACGGAGAUGCUCGAGGAGGGGGGCGAACAGGGGGCUUCGUCGGUGGGGCCAGCGACGGAGCAGACGAAACGCCAAACGCCACUCGAGGCCUUCCGCGAGACCCUUGAGGCGCCACUGCAGCUGACGGACGCGUAUGACGCGACGGGGGAAAACUUGCCGUGGUCAAAUUACACCAUGACAUUUCGCGAAGUCAUUGAUUACAUCUUCUUCGCGCCGACUCGUCUCUCCGUUCUGCGCACUGUGCCUAUUCCACCAGAGAGCGAAAUAUCGGAGAAUGUCGCGUUACCGAAUAGGCGGUAUCCAUCGGAUCAUCUUGCGUUAAUUGCGGACUUGGCGUACACGUCCAAUCCUCCCCCGUCGCAGUCACCGGCGUCACCGAGCCAUACCCGCUGCGUCUAA